CAGAGGCAAGGCCCUACCGUGGCUCUGUGACUCCGGCUGGGAAGCCAGGGCCUCCUUAGACCUGUCUGGUUGCCUGGAAUCCAGUAGCUGCCUAUACAUUAACUCCAGGAUCUGCUUUCACCCGGACUCAGGGACUUUCCAGAGUUCUGCCAGGAGCUCUGAGUGUCCACUUACCCGUCAAACAGCCUGCUAGAGCAGGAACAGGUGAGUCAACAGACAGCUGUGGAGGCAGGUCCCGUUGCCUUAGCUGGCAAAGGCUGGGUUGCUCAAAGCUGGCUACUGAAUAAGCAGGGUGGUUUUUCAAGACAGGGUUUUACUGUGUAGCUCUAGCUGUCCAAGAACUCAUUCUGUAGAGCAGACUGGACUUGAACUCACAGAGCUCCACCUACCUCUGCCUCCUCAGUGCACAGCACUUGCCCAGCCACUGUGGCUUUUUUCUUUUCUCCUGUAGAUUACUGAGUCCAGUUAGUGCUGCCCAUGGGAGUGCUGACUGACCCUGUCGCCUGGCUUUUCACUGUGCCGUGAACGAUAUUUUGUAAUGGAGGGGCAGAUUGCUGAAAAGUUGGGCUGGGCCUGGUGGCCUGAAUGUGUAUGAUCCUAAAACUGGUUGCAUCAUCACAGUAUUGAUUAGAAUGGGGCUCUCUUGUCAACUACUUAAAAAGCCAGGGUUUAUACAGAAGCACAACUGUUUCUUUAGGAAGACCACAGCCCAAGUGGCUGGGACUGGAUGGCCAAUGCUUUGGAAGGACAGAGUGUUGUCUCUGCUACUAAACCUUUUACCUUUGUCUCAAACCUGCCAGUCCCUGUAGGUGUUGAGACCUCAGCAACGGCUGAGGAUUGAGGCAGAGCUAGGGCAGAGGAUCCAGCACUUAAGAUGCUGAAGCAGGAAAAAAAAAUCCAUAAAACAAAGAACCUGCUGUCUUAGUCAGGGUCACUAUGGCUGUGAGAAAACACCAUGACCAAAAGAAAGUUGAAGAGGAAAGGAUUUAGGUGGCUUACACUUCCUUAUCCACAGUCCAUCGCUGGAGGAAGUCAAGGCAGGGACUCAAACAGAGCAGGAACCUGGGGGCAGGCGCUGAUGCAGAGGCCAUGGAGGGCUGCUGCUUACUGUUUGCUCAGCCUGCUUCCUUAUAGGAACCAGGGCCAGCAGCCCAGGGAUGGUACCACACACAAUAAAGUGGGCCCUUCUACAUAAAUUACUAAUUAAGAAAAUGCUCUACAUUUUGUCUUGUCUACAGUACAAAAUCUUAUGGAGGAAUUUUGUGAGUUGGUGUUUUUUUCCCUCUGAAAUGACUGUAGCCUGUGUCAAACUGACAUAAAAUUAGCCAGCACACCUACCAUGUUGGUGAUUCAAAAGACAAAAUCCCUACUGUAAAGUUAGGCAGAAAGGGAAUCUUAGCUGUCUUGUGCAGGGCUGGCUCAAGACAAUCUAAGCUAGGAGUCACAGUGCACACAAUUAUUGCUAUUUAAAAAAAAAAUUUAAGUCUAUUGAUAAACAGAAAUGCCUAAGACCUUUGAAAAUGAGGACAGGACCACUCCAAGGUACGAUGGUAAAGAAGGGUUUUACUGUAGGUAAGAGGGAAAGCAUAGCCAGCGGUGCCUAGAAGAGUCCUGUCUGAACCGAGCCAUGAGAGGAGAGAAGAGAUGAGAAUUGGCAAGAGAGGGGAAGCUAGAAAGAAGAGAGAGAGGUUGAAACGGCUGGAUUAUGAAGAGAAAAGAAGCUCAAGCCCUGGGCUGGAGAGGUUUAGGGUAGGGUCGGGCAAGAAGUGCUUGGAGGAGCCACAGGUAUUGAGUGAUAUUUGUCUCAUAUUUCUCCGGGGCAAGACAAAAACCUUCUUGUUUCAGCUGCCUGGUCCUAACUAUGGGGGUCCUGUUCUCCCUCACAGUCUGUGAGGGCCACUGGCAGAGAGCUUAUGGAGAUUAACUUAAGACCAACCCAAAAUAUCAGGACACUCGUUUGCAACGUCAACCAGGGCUGGGCCUCGGGACAUGCCCAGCCUGCUGUCUGCUGUGCUGUGCGGUGUGAAGGUUUUUUCAAAGCCCCAGCAACCACUGGCGGUGACGAGCAGAGACGCUGUAACCGGGCCCACUGCAAAGCUGCCUCAGCAGCACCAGGCUCGGCCAGCAUUCACAUCCAGGAAGCAACAUCUGCUCCUGGACUCCCUGGAGGUGUACAGCUGCUUCCCUUCAGUCUGAGCCAGGCCGAUGGUCUCAGAGAGAGAAUCCCAUUCUUUUCCAGCUUCGAGACAUACAGACCCCACCUCCAUCCCAGGGUGUCUGUCUGCAGGAAGGAUGGCGGCUGCAGGGAAGAGGGUCUCCCAGGUCUUCCUAACAGUGUCCCCAACUACCGUUAUCAGCUGGGUGGGGCUAGCCAGAGCCUGCAAACCCUGAAGCGGGCAAGUCCGCUGCAGGAAAAAAAAACAAAAACCCGCAGAGCAAGUGGAACUUUAAGCCGACAGGCUGAACAGACGCGCCCCAGGCCAGUCCGCCACCCUCGGCCACUCUGCUCGUCUUCUCGGAGGCAGUUGAGUUGCUGCUGACCAAUCUCAAACAGUACAGCUAGGAGAAACCGCAGCAGGGACACAACUCCCAGCACGCCCUGCGCCCGCCACUCCCAGAAGGCUACGCGCGGAAGCUCCUAGGGCGGGGCUUUCCCGGCUCGCCCCGCGCGGUCCACUCCCAGAAUGCGGCUGGAAAUUUAGCAGAGGGCGUGGCCUGCGCGGCGCUUCCCGGCCGACGCCUACUCCCAGAAGGCCGCGGGCGAGGAUCUGGAGGCGGGGCGCUCCCGGCAUGCUCUGCGGCACUCCACCGUCCGCGGGUUUUGAAUCGCGUUCUUGGCCGUGUUGGCUGGGGUUGUGACGGCAGCAUCAUGGGGGCCCCGGCGCUGCCCCCGACCUGGCAGCUUUAUCUCCUGGAGCACCGCAUCUCCACCUACAAGAACUGGCCCUUCGAGGAGGGCUGCUCCUGCACCCCAGAGCAGAUGGCGGAGGCUGGCUUCAUCCACUGCCCUACCGAGAAUGAGCCUGACUUGGCCCAGUGUUUUUUCUGCUUUAAGGAGUUGGAAGGCUGGGAACCAGAUGACGACCCUAUAGAGGAGCAUAAAAAGCACUCACCUGGGUGUGCCUUCAUUGCUGUCAAGAAGAAGGUUGAAGAACUAACCCUCAGUGAAUUUCUGAAACUGGACAAAGAAAGAGCCAAGAACAAAAUUGCAAAGGAGUCCAACAGCAAGCUGAAAGAAUUCCAAGAAACUUCAAAGACCGUCCGCUGCUCCAUUGAAAAGAUGGCUGCCUUGUUGUGAGCCUUUGCCGGGGGAACCUGGACCAGAUUGAUGUGCUGCAUCUAAGCCACGUGUCCCAACAUGCCCAGCUUGGGCUUCUUAGCAGUGUCUUAGAGGAGGAGACAAUGGUAUUUUAAAACUCUGUAUCGAAUAUUUUGUUUUUGCUUGAAAGUGGCUCAGCCUGUGUGGCUACGUCUCUCAGUUUUGUGGCUUUGCACUGCUGUGACCGGGACUUACGCAGUGCAGAAAGGAGUGGGUGAGGAGGGCAGUGUCCUGUCACAGACCUGUUGGGGGGGGGUGCCUCUGUAAGGCGUUUUUGCUCUUCAUGUCUCUACACCUGGCAGCUGACUCAUCCCGUGCACUGUUGCCGUGUUUCGUGUUUCAUGUUGGCACCGAUAAUUCAUCUGUCCUUGUGAGGCAAGUCUUCCUACUGCGGGAAACAGAAUAAAAUCCUGUAAAGAGUG